GGUGUGUGUCGAUGAACUGGUGGGAGAGGAGAGGACCAGCGACUGAGGCACGGAGGAGAGGAUCAACGCUGAACGGGACCGCACAUAAACAAACCCAGCAUACAGCUUCGCUUCAUCGAAGGGGACUGAAGGACCAGACCGGGCUUCGUGUUGCGCACCGCCGACGCACGAGAUAAGUUUGAAGAAAGCCAGAAACGAGGCCGUAGACUGCGAUCGAGCGAGGAGGUGGAGGAGAGAGGAGAUUUGGGUUUCUCUGUCGUGAAUGUGCACGUGUCCUCAGACAGUGUGACUGAGGAGCGAGGCAGGGAUUCGUUGUAUUUGGGGGCAGACCUUCGCGUCACACACUGACGAUGGAGAGGAGGGGGAUGGAUGCAGCACUGCUCCUGCUUUUCCUGGGACAUCUAACUGCGGCGCUGGAGGUCCCACUAGACCUUCAGCAAGGAUUGCCUCAGCCGCCGACCUUAACUCACCAGUCCCCGAAGGAUUACAUCAUCGACCCACGGGAGAACAUUAUAAUCCACUGUGAGGCAAAGGGAAAGCCUCACCCCAGCUUCUCCUGGACGAGAAAUGGGACCCAUUUUGACAUCGACCAGGACCCUAAUGUGAACAUGAGGCCCCACUCCGGUACCAUGGUUGUAGACAUCAGCCGAGAGAAGGUGGAACAUUACGAAGGGGUGUACCAGUGCACGGCUAGGAACAAACACGGAACCGCUGUUUCCAACAACAUUGUCGUACGACAAUCCCUUGCAUUUUCCAUCUUAAGAACGCUACUUCUAGAAGGGUCUCCCUUGUGGUCAAAGGAGAGAAUUAAGCCAAUUGUCGUGCAGGAGGGUGUGUCCUUGGUGUUGCCAUGUCGACCUCCUGCUGGUCUACCUCCUCCCAUUAUAUUUUGGAUGGACAACAAUUUCCAGAGGCUGCCUCAGAGCAGCAGGGUGUCUCAGUCCCUAAAUGGAGACCUUUACUUCUCUAAUGUGCUCCGGGAGGACUCCAGAAAUGACUACAUCUGCUACGCACGCUUCCCACACACACAGACCAUCCAGCAGAAACAGCCCAUCACCGUCAAGGUCCUCAACCUGGAUGCAAUCAAUGACACAAUGGCAGCUUUUUACAAUGACACUGAUUUAUUUAGUGAAGACCCAGUGGAUGAGAGGCGACCAACCUUCCUCACCCCAUCUGGUCCUUCUAGCUCUAAGAUGGUGUUGAGAGGACAGGUGCUGGAGAUGGAGUGUAUCGCAGAAGGACUUCCCACCCCUGAAAUCUCCUGGACCAAAAUCAGCGGUGAUCUCCCUGCCAAGCGCACAGCCUUCCUGCACUACCAGAAAACUCUGCGUAUCGUCAAUGUGUCGGAGUCAGAUGCAGGAGAUUACCGCUGCACAGCCAGGAACCGACACGGCUUUGUGCACCACACCAUCCACGUCACAGUCAAAGCUGCUCCAUAUUGGAUCAGUGGUGCUCCCAAAAACCUUGUUUUAGCUCCAGGAGAGAAUGGUGUGUUGACCUGCAGGGCCAGUGGCACGCCCAAACCUUCCAUCACCUGGGCCAUGAACGGCAUCCCCAUAGAGAAUUCUCCUAAGGAUUUUAGCAGGAAAGUAGAGGAUGACACCGUCAUAUUCACUGAUGUGCAAGUUGGAUCCAGCGCUGUCUACCAGUGUAACGUGUCCAACGACUAUGGUUACCUCCUAUCCAACGCGUUUGUCAAUGUGCUUUCGGAGCCACCAAGAGUGCUGACACCAGCCCACAAAGUGUAUCAGGUCAUCCGGAAUCAUCAGGCCUUGAUAGACUGUACUUCCUUUGGGUCACCCAUCCCUAAAAUUACAUGGUUCAAAGACAGUCGUGCCAGUACCCUGGAUGGAGACCCUUACAUCUUGCAUGACAACGGAACAUUAGAGAUUCAUGUUGCUCAGAUGCACAAUAGUGGCAAAUACACUUGUGUGGCCAGAAACACCCUCGGUAUCUCUGAGAAUCAUGUCUACCUGGAAGUCAAAGAGCCCACCCGAAUCCUGAAGCAGCCAGAGUACAAAAUAGUCCAGAGGGGCAGAUCUGUAGUGUUUGAGUGUAAAGUGAAACAUGACCCAUCACUCAUCCCCACCAUGACGUGGCUUAAAGAUGAUGGAGAGCUUCCAGAUGAUGAGAGAUUAAUUGUAGACUCUGAUAGCCUCACAAUCACUGAUGUGACAGAAAACGAUGCCGGGGUGUACACCUGCAUCAUGAACACUACUCUGGACCAUGAUUCAGCCAGCGCUGAGCUCACUGUUGUCGAGGCAACACCAACACCAGCUGUUCUCUACGAGCAACCCGACCCUCCGACUGACCUAGAGCUGACAGACCAGAAAAAGAGGAGUGUUCAGAUCACUUGGACCCCUGGGGAUGAACAUAACAGUCCUAUUCAGAAAUUUCUCAUUCAGUAUGAGGACUCACUUCAUCACAGAGGUCACUGGCAUAAUCUCACUGAAGUCCCCGGAACCAAAACUACAGCUCACCUGAAACUGUCGCCCUACGCCCAGUACACUUUCAGAGUCAUGGCCCUUAAUGCUGUGGGUUACAGCCGCCCAAGCUUCCCCUCCAGAGUGUACAAGACAGAACCUGCAGCUCCUGAUGAGAACCCAACAGGUGUACAGGGAUUUGGAACAGAACAUAACAAUCUUGUAAUCUCAUGGAAGCCACUAUCAGGCCUCCAGUCCAAUGGUCCAGGACUGCACUACAGAGUGAUGUGGAGGCAAAAGUUUCUGGACAGCGAGUGGACCUCAGUGACUGUGGCUAACAACUCCAAGUUUGUGGUGUCUGGAACGCCCACGUUUGUUCCAUAUGAGCUAAAAGUUCAGGCUGUGAACGACUAUGGAGCAGGACCUGAGCCUGUUAUUGCCCACGGAUACUCAGGAGAAGACUUGCCAGUAGCAGCUCCAGAAAAUGUGCAGGCCAUGAUUCUGAACAGCACUCUGGCAGAGGUGCACUGGGACCCGGUUCCUGCUAAAUUAAUAAGAGGACAUCUGAAAGGAUAUAAGGUGUACUACUGGAGAGAGCGCAGCCUCCACAAACACAAUCCCCAUCACGUAGAAAAGCAGAUCCUGACCUUCAGCGGGAACCACACCCGGGGCAUGUUACCUGGUCUGCAUGCCUUCAGUCUGUACUCAUUCAAUGUCAGAGUCUAUAACGGCAAAGGAGAAGGCCCCGCCAGCCCAACCCAGAAGUUUGAGACACCAGAGGGAGUUCCUAGUGCUCCUUCCUCCCUUGUUAUCACCAACUCCAACCUGGACUCCCUAACACUCGAAUGGAAUCCUCCUCAUGACCGGAAUGGACGUCUUACAGGCUACACCCUCAAAUAUCAGCCAGUCAAUAACUCCAAUGAGCUGGGCCCAGUGGAGGAGUUGGCCUUGCCCGCCAACGAGACCUCAGUCACUUUGCUCAACCUCAAGUACAGCACACGCUACAAGUUUUAUUUGAAUGCCAAAACAGUCAGGGGAGCAGGCCCAGCCAUUUCACAGGAAGCUGUCACCAUCAUGGAUGAAGCUCUAAUAUCACAGUUUGACGUAAAUGUGGGCGCAGGAAACACCCAAACCUCUCAUCCCAUUGCACGGCCCUUUCCACAUCAUCCGACCCACAAGGCGCUGCCUGUAAGUGGAGAUUUUGGAAAUGUUAACUCGUCACUUGAAGACGAUGGGGUCCGGAUCAGUUGGGACUACUGGGGCCCGGAGAAAAGCAUUUAUAUAGAGUACAAAAUAGAUGACAAUGAAGGUGAAGAGUGGGAGAAAGAGCAUGUGAAUGGCUCUCAGAACUAUCUGAUGACGGGUUUAAAGGCGGGCCUCUCCUAUAAGGUGCGUGUGGUGGCCAAAGGUCACGCCGACCAGCCGCCCCACCACUCCAAGGAGAUAUUGGUGUCUGUCCCAGCGGUGGCGAGCAGACAGGUGGAUAUUGCCACUCAGGGAUGGUUCAUUGGCCUCAUGUGUGCUAUCGCUCUUCUCAUCCUGAUCCUUCUCAUUAUCUGCUUCAUCCAGAGGAAUAAGGGGGGGAAGUACCCUGUCAAAGAAAAGGAGGACGCACACACAGACCCAGAGUUUCAGCCCAUGAAAGAAGAGGACUGUACCUUUGGGGAAUACAGUGACAAUGAGGACCAUAAACCAUUAAAAGGGAGCCGCACGCCAUCUAAUGGGACAGUUAAGAGAGACGACAGUGACGACAGUUUAGUAGACUACGGUGAAGGAGGAGAUGGACAGUUCAACGAGGAUGGCUCAUUUAUCGGCCAGUAUAGUGGAAAGAGUGCCAGCAGGGACACUGCUGAGGGCCAUGAGAGCUCAGAGGCCCCGUCCCCUAUUAACGCCAUGAACUCCUUGAACUCAUUUGUUUAGCCAGUUGGUCUCACAAACCAGUGUGAGGUUCUGCACUGACUGCUCAAUCCCCGUACCUCUGAUCCAGGGCUGUCCCCGACACCGCAUGGCUUUAUGUGCAUCUCCAGUGACACGCUUGAAAUAAGAAAUGCAAAACUCACCAACAGUUAUGAUUUUUUAGAGAGAAUCCAUGGCUCAAAGUAGCCAAAGCAGCAUUUAAAAAGAUAGUUGGAAGUAGUUCAGUCAGACAUCUGUGCAGCAAUUUAACAGUGCAUGAAAUACCUGAAAUGACUUAAAUUCAUUUAUUAACAGUUUGAAAUUAACAAGUAUUGCAUUCUUACCAGAAAUCUACUAUGGACUAUGCAGUGCUCAUCUGCACUAUUUUUGUUUUUGAUAUGGGUUAUUACAUAUUACAGUAUCCUAUGUUCAAUUUGUAAUCAGUGUAUGAACUAUAACUCCAUGUAUUUUCCCAACACAGAAAAUUGUACAGGAAUCUGUAUUUAAUAAUGUAUUUCCAUAAUGUAACUACAUCCUGCAUUUACAGAGCGCAAGGCAGAUCAUGUACAGUGUAAAUAUAUACAUAUAUACAUAUAUAUAAAUAUAUAUAUACAAAGUGAACUAUGUGUAAACUGACUGUUAGGAGCAGUGCACCGAGCAUGCUUGAGAUUGCAUCAAGUGCAUUGACACAUCUCCAUCUGUCACCACUCUGAUGAAUGCUCCAACUGCAUUUGUGAUGGAGGAAGCUGCGGUGUAGCAUGGCAUGUAAUAUGACCUCAUAACCUUUGCCCUGCAUGUGACCUCCACAUAUCAGGCUCAAUCUAACGACCAAUGGGGAGUGCUGAGGGUAGGGCAGUGUGCUGCGCUGCCUUCAGCAGGUAGUGCCUUUUCCUCAAAACGCUGAUUCAAUUCUGAAGUCUCUUUCCAGAGCUCAGUGACUGGAACAGGAACAGUGGUAGGAAUGCAGAAGUCACACCCAUGGAUGGAUAAAAUAAGCAUGAGAAGACGACUCUGAAGAGGGAGGAAUAAUUUAUAUAUUCUUGUCAUCUUUUUUUUUUUUUUUAAUCUCCCAAUGCCUUCAAACACAGAACUGGCUUUGAUUCCUCCAAAAUGCUAAACGCACCCACAUUGGAUCAGACUAAAAUAUUGUUAAAACCAUGUCUGCUAUGUUUUCAGUCUGCAGUUGUGAUGUAGAUUGUCCGAUUGUAAUGCAGUGUCUGAAUGUAUGAAUACUGUAUCUGUGAGUGUGUAUAUGUGUGUGUGUGUGUGUAUUGUGUGUGCUGAUACAUUAUAUUAUUCCUUUUAGAUAGAAACUGUUCACUUGUACUAACUGCUUGAGGGCCUCUGGAUGGGAUCAAGAUUUCUUUUCUCUUAACUUGCAUCAAGUUUUUUUUUUGAAAGAUGUGUAGAAUAUGUGUAAAUACCUUAAUUGAUUGUACAGGGACGAGCAGCUUGUAAGGCAGCCUAAGAGACAAUAUUGUGCAUGACAUGGUUUAACUUGUUGAUAGGACUGUAUUAAAUAUAGACUACUUUUAGAAAAUAUAUAUUCUUUUUUUGCUGUGCACAGUGUACAUUGUUCUGUAACUAACUGAGCAGAAAACUGAAUUUUGAUCAUAUUCUGAGUUGCUUGUCAACAGGUUUGUUUCUGGAGUUCCAUAUAUUGAUAUGACUAGACAAAGAUACAUGAAAAUAUUAGAUGAUGCACAGAAUUAUACUAUCCUGGUUUGAAUUGGUUUUAAAAGCAGUCCCAGUAUACUGCCAAAAUGAUUCUUUUUUUCUGACAGUAUUGAAAAUGGUUUUGUAUUUAUGAAACAGAUUUGUACUAACAAAUACUUUUUUAGUCUAUUUAAGUUUCUCCUUUUAGUGCAAGUAUGAAAUUCAAGCUACUGGAAAUACAAUGAAUGAAUAAACAAUUAUCUGCUUUAA